AUGCAAUAUUUGACAAAAUCGAUGCGACAAAUAGAAUUGGACACCCAUUUGCGAACUCAUUCGGGAGAAUCUCCGUUUGUGUGCCAUAUAUGUGAUAAAUCGUUUAUCCACAAACGAAUCUUAAAUAGGCACUUGCAAUAUCAUGAGGGAUACUUCAGUUACACUUGCUUAACUUGUGGAGCAAAAUUCUCAAAAUAUGACAAAUACUAUUCACAUCGCAUGCAACACACUGGUUUACCUUAUAAAUGUGGCUCAUGUGAAAAACAAUUUCCAGAUGCUUACAAGCAAAAUUAAGCGCCACAUUAGAGGGGUCCACAAGAUUGAACAGGAUAAAGAAGUAGAAAAACUCGUAGUGAGAAUAAAUAUAACAAAGGAACAUAGAGGAC